CUUCCGCGAGUUCCGUGUAUGUUGCGGAAAAUACCCUUUUUGGGCGUCCGACCACAUGUGUGAAUUGUGAACAAAAUAUGGAUCUUUAGUUAUUUUCAGGUUUGGAGAGCCAUUUUUAGUGUGAUCGAUACACGUAAUCGAUAGAUAAAGUGUGUCCGGAGCGUUGUGUGUCGCUAAAAAGUUGGAACAAGUCAACGGAAGUGAAUUUUUUCGAUGUAAAUACGGUCGAUCCAGGGUCAGUCUGGUGUGCAUUUUGAACUGUGCGCAUAUUUCUCCCUGAUACUCUAUAACCGCGUUCGAUACAUUAACAUUACCGAGUUUGACCUUCGUACGAUUGGGAAAGUUCUGAAUUUCGUGGGUCUAACCCGCAACAUGCCGUCGUGCUAAGGGGCAUGGCGGCGCGCUCGUGAUCCUAGGUCGGCGCGGAGCGCGCGCCCGGUCUUAUAUAACGUGGGUAGCAGCGGCAUGGCCGCGCGUGUGUCGGUCGAGGGCGCAGGGCCCUCGUACGCGUCUGUGCUGAACUUCAGAGGAAGUGAAUGUAAUAAAGAGAACAUAGAGGCGACGGAGGAAGUGGCGGACGCACCGCCACGGCAGGACGACGAGGAGGAGGAGGGCUUUGUGCCGGUCAUCUCUCACGCGAGGAGACCGGCCAAGAGUCGCAGGGAGCGUGAACGCAGGGCUCCACCUCGCCCGCACAAAGUACCCCAACCACAUGCUGAACCAGGCCAACAGCCAACAUCGGAGCAACAACAACAAGCAGCUGAAGCGCAGCCCAAGAAGUUUGUUGAAGCACCCAUUCCUAAGGUCAACCCUUGGCAGGUUCGAGGUGGGAGUACUGGCGCGCCGCCGCCAGCGCCUCCGAUCCUUGAAGAGAAGAGGUCUCCUCUACAGCCGCAGCAGCAGGGCAGGGCGCAGUUACCACCAGAGCCCGUCCCGCCUCCUCCAGCUCCGAAACCGGCAGUCGUGAAGGCGCCGAAGAAUGCCAAGAUUAAUCAAAAGGCAUCCGACUUCACGGAUAUCGGUGAUGAUUGGCCGACGCUAGGGGCGGCUGUCGCUGGGGCGAGAUGUCAUUCGACGCCACCACCCCACGAGGACUCCGCGCACCAUAACGGAAACGCGGAUCAAGAGCGUAAACCGCUCGAGGAGCAACAGGUGAAGGUAGAGAAGAUCGAACCUUCUCACAAUCACCAGGGAAACAACGACAGACACCUGCAACACGAUAAGAAUAAAGCUGCAGCUGGCAAGGGUGGUAGCAAGUCCGGCAAGCACAAAUGGCUGCCCUUAGAUAUAGACGUCAAAGCUGCGAGACCCUCGAAACAUGGACCACAGCAUCCGCCCAGACAAGAUCACGACACGGUGUCGCUGAACGGCGAGGAGUCCCGCGGGCGCGGCGCGGGGCGCGGGCGCGGCGCGGCGCGCGCGCGGGGCGGGCGGCGCGCCGCGCCCCGCGCCGCCGCCCUGCACGCGCCGCCGCACGCGCUCUACCACCACCCCGACAUGCCGCAGCUUCGCGUUCAGCCGGCCAUACCGCAGGUUGUACUCCGAUACGGUAUUGGCGGUCUACCCAUCGCGCCGCUCGCUCAGGCGUUCUACUACGGUGCGGCUAGCGGUGCUCCAUACGGCAUGGCCCUGGAUCAGGCGACGCUCAAGGACCUCAUCAAGAAUCAAAUCGAGUACUACUUCAGCCCGGACAACCUGGCGCGCGACUUCUUCCUGCGGCGCAAGAUGUCAGCGGACGGCACGAUCCCCGUGACGCUGAUCGCGUCGUUCCACCGCGUGCGCGCGCUCACCGCCGACGUGCAGCUCGUGCUGGACGCCAUCCGCGACUCCGACCGCCUGCAGCUCAUCAACGGGUUCAAGGUCCGAACAGCCUUCGAACCGACGAAAUGGCCGAUACUGGACUUAACCAACCACGAAGAGGACAGGGAGAGGACAGACGAGAAGGCGGAACGACCGGUCGAUGAGAAAGAGAAGACCGUAGAAGACAAAGAGAAAGCAGUAGAAGACCAGAGGAUACAGAAUAAGGAAGUGGUAGAGAAGACGGAGGCGACGGAAGCAGUUGCUGUUGUCGAAAUUACACAAAAACCAACGCCGAUCGAACCGGAAUACACAAAGACUUCACCAGCCACAGAAUCCAAAGAAGUGGUUGAAACUAAGCCAGAAGAACUCCGGCCAGCUCCAGAAAAACCUCAGCCGACUCCACAAGAAUCCAAGCCGACUCCAGAGGAAUCUCAGCCGGCUGCAGUGGAACCAUCACUCCCGGAAGAGAAGGAAAUCAAUGAGGAUAGAGAAGGGAGCGAGAAGAUUGACUCCAACGAUGACCCCCCGCUACAGCCUGAGGUUGCAGACAAACCUGGGGAGAAACGUCGCAAGAAGCAGAUGGUGGGUAUAUUCCCCCUGGCCACUAUGGGCGGUCCGCUGGUGGCGCCCGUGUCCAGCCUGUUGCGCGCCGUGCCUCCCCCGCCGCUGCCCAGGAUGUUUCGAACUGGCCGAACGUCGUUAUUGGCCCACGACCAUCUCAACCCAGAUGUGCCCGAGUUCGUGCCCCAAGCGAGACGCGCCGAAGAAACGAAUUCUGAGAUAUCAAAUAUUCCAGACGGCAAAGCGAGUUCAGAUAAAGUCGACCCUGACGUCUGGACCGAGGUGAAGCGCCGCACGAAGGCGGGGUCCCGCGAGCGAGCGCCGCCCGCCCCGCCGCCGGAGGACGAGCCCCGCGAGGAGCUGCACUUCCAGCUCGACGAGGAGCUCGACCUGCCGCCGCCGCGGCACAACACCUUCACCGACGCCUGGUCCGACGAAGAAUCCGACUUGGAACUGUCGGAUCGCGACAUCGGCAGGCUGUUGAUAGUGACCCAGACGGCGACCCGACAGCCGAAGCACGACGGACACGACCGCCAGGGCGACUGGGCAACGCGUACCAAGAUCACUCAGGACUUGGAGCAGGUGAUCACGGAUGGUCUCAGACGCUACGAAGAGGAUCUAUGGAAUGAGUUUUCAUCGUCGUACAGCAGCACGCCGCAGUACCGCACCGUGUCGCUCAUCUCGCGCGAGCAGUUCGAGGCCGCCGCGCCCGCCGAGCGACACGCCAACCCCAGCGAGCCGCCGCCGCCGCCGCCGCGACCCGCCGUGGAGCAAACACAGGAGGGCGGCGGUAAGUUGCGGCCGAGACGUACGGCGCGCUUCUACGCCGCGAACAAGGACCCGCACGCCACCGACGUCAUAAGCAGCAGGAAACACAAGACCCGGCACAGCCUGAACCCGCCGGUCGAGCACCACGUGGGAUGGAUAAUGGACGUCCGUGAACACAAGCGAUCGCAUCGUGACAGUACCGGCUCGUCGCUGGGUACGUCUCCGACGCUGGGCUCGUCGUGCGGCUCCGUCCCGCAGUCGCUGCCAGCCUUCCACCACCCCAGCCACGGUUUGCUGCGGGAGAACCACUUCACCCAGCAGGCCUACCACAAGUACCACUCCAGGUGUCUUAAGGAACGCAAGAAGCUCGGCAUCGGCCAGUCCCAGGAGAUGAACACGCUGUUUAGAUUCUGGUCGUUCUUCCUGCGUGAUCACUUCAACCGAACUAUGUACAACGAAUUUAGAACACUGGCUAACGAGGACGCGUCAGCUGGUUUCCGCUAUGGUCUCGAAUGCCUGUUCCGUUUCUAUUCGUACGGUCUAGAACGGAAGUUCCGCCCUGAGCUAUAUCAGCACUUCCAGGCUGAAACACUCGCUGACUACGAGAAAGGUCAAUUGUACGGUCUGGAAAAGUUCUGGGCGUUCCUCAAGUACUACAAGCACGCGACUUCGUUGCAAGUGGAGCCGAAGCUCCAAGCUCACCUCGCCAAGUUCAAGAGCAUCGAAGACUUUCGUGUACUAGAGCCGCAGCUGAACGAGUUGCUGGCGUCGCAGGGCGCGGCGGGCGCGGGGCGCGGCCCGCACGCGCGGCCCUACGACCGGCACCGCUCCGUGUCCGAGAGCGAGCGACACCUGUCCGCCUUCCGCGCGCUCGGGCGGGCGGCGGGCGGCUCGUCGGGCGCCAACAACAACCGCGGUCGCGCGGGCUCGUGCGGCGCGCAGAGCGUCGUCGCCAACGCCCGGCCGCGCCCGAAACCCAAGUCGAAACCAGAAGCCGCGCCGAACGAGCUGAAAGCGCCAGUCGCCGCUAAAACACAGUAAAGUCAUAACAAACAAACAUACAAACACUGUACAUAUAAAUAAACCCGUGUGCAUGUGUUACUUAUCUAGACUUUUAAAGUGCAUUUUUUAUAUAUAUAAAUUACAAAAAAAAAAAUACUAUAAAAAUAAAAGUGAAUAAAAAGUGUUGUGCGGAUCGCGCUGGUGUUUAGUGUUAACUAGUUAUAACUGGUUUGAGCCGGUUCCGACCGGCCUGAGCUGGUCGCGGCCGGCUCCAAUCUGGCUGCGCGGGCGGUGUGCGGUUACUGGGAUUGCAGGCUGAUUAUAUGUGGAGCCUAGCUUGUACGCAUCGACAAUAAGCAAAAUGCUACGCGGUUUAGACGCCACUAUCACCAUAGAAUAAGAUUACCAUUAAAAAAAACAUACAAUCUAUAUAUGUAUUUAUAUAUUUUUGACAUGUAAAGUAAAAAUUUCGAUACGAACAUAUUAAAAAAAAUAUAUGCAUAAUAGUGACACUCUUAGUCUAAUAACAUAAUAUAAAUCAAUUUAAAUAAGUACGAUUAAUGCUUGUUAGAAUAAGAUUUAUCAGUGGCAACACUGGGUUUCGACGAGGGAGUGAGCGAUCAGUGUUGCAAGGGACUUGAUGCUUAUCAUCUUAGCGUUCGGUAUGCGGUAUUUUGUUUGCCUUUACAUAUAGUUUUGGAAUAGUUUUUUUUUAUAAUAAUUGAGGUUUUUUUUUAAAUAAUUCAAAAGACUUUUAUACAAGACUUACCAUAAGUAUAUUUAUAACAUAGAAUGUUCGUGUUCAGAAGAAAACGCGCACACACAAACGAAGAGCAUUUUUCAACAACUUAUUGCACACAAAUAAACUAAACGAAUCUUGCACAACGCUUCACUUAUUGUAACAAUGCUUUCGCCGAAUACCGAAGCUCCAUGUUGUCUGUGAGAGUGGCUUAUUUAAUAUCGUUUUGUAAUUAGUCCAUUUUGAUCUUUACAUUCAGAGAGUUCAAAAGGUCUCUUUGCGCACUGAUUGCUCAGUCCACUUUGUCUAUGGUUCAAGUGGUGCUGCGUAUUGUCUAUGGUCAAUAAAACUGACCAGCGCAGAUCUCUAGUGGCGAAAAUUGUAAAACUGUACAGUUAUAGAUAUUCUUUCUCUUUUUUUUAAAUAGAAUUGAUAUUAAAAAACGAACGACGUGACGUCGCUAAGACUGGUUAUGUGCAUAUUUAGUAGAGAAAUCGUUCUAUUUUUUUCUUUGGUAGCACUAUUGUUUAUGUUUCAAAAAAAGUUUGACUGCGUACUGCUGCGGAUUUGAAAAAAAAAAAAAUAUUUUAAACAAGUUUCACCGUAAUAAUUUCUUUCGUGGAAAUUUCGAACGAAAAUUUAAAUUCUGUGAUAAAAUUGCUAAAGAAUUUUCGAUGAAACUAUAACAUUUUUCAAAGCCGCAUUUCGAAUACUGCCACUUGUAAUAUUAUGACAAAAUUAAACACACAAAUUCCUUAGAAAUAACCGCAUCGGUACUUAAAACGAUUACACCGUAAAUGAUAAAACUUUUAACAAUUCAUUAUUUUUUUUAUUAGCCCAUAGGACAUUUUUACACAAUUAUUUGUAUAGGCAUAUGCCACCAAACUUAGCUCGCUGGCUAAGUGCGUCCUUGUGCGGUGUGCUGGCUCACUGGCCCACUUACACUUCUAACUGGAGCAUAAUAUAGAUGAGUGAGUUACUCCUACCAUUUUAAUCGCUGAAAAAGUCGUUGUUAUCUUUAAAAAUCUUAAGGUAUAUAAUAUUUAAUAGGAAUGAAAUAUGCUAUGCGUCCAGGUAGGUACUAGUCGAUACUAGUAGGCUAAAUAUAUAACGCUGUAUUGUGUAAGUUAAACACAUUUUUUUUAUCCCUUUCCAACAGUACACAUGUGGUAGAGAUAGCAAAAUAUGCUUCUUUCAGUUCAUUGAGCACCGAUAGUGUAAUUAAACUUUUUUUCGUAUAGAUUUCAAUGAACUUAUAUAAUAGAGUAUAUAAGGAUGGUCGUUUCUCUUAUUUAUAUUCUAGAACCUUCCUAUUUUUAAACGGAUUAUCCAGUGAGAGUAAACACAAAUAACGGUCGUGUGGCUUCUGAUAAAAUCGCGCAAAAACAAACACACAAGCAGCUAACAAUUUAAACUUAAGUUGUUUUUAAGUCGGUUAGAAAUUGUUAUCAAUGAAAUAUAUAUAAGUUUUUCGUUACGGUGUAACGUUUUAAUCCUGAAAUUAAUAGUUGCUAUUAUUAUUUAGAUAUAAAAUUAUAUAAAACCGGCACUGUCGUAGUCUAAUAGCUGAGUUUUAGAUUAUAUUAACGAUUGUCAUAGUGUACGAUGCAUUGUCUUUGUGGUCUAUGGUACGGGAAAUAGAUAAAGAAAAUGUUCUAAAUUUGAAUUAAUUUUUGCUGAGAACUAACUUGCUCAAUGCGAUUGUUUAUCUGUAUUGUACGGGGUUAAGAUGUGACGUAGUGAAAAAUUAUCUACAUUAAAAAUUUUGAAAGGGAUUUGAUUUAAAUGAAUAAAAUGGCAUCCAUUUAAAUGUUUAAUGUUGAUAAUUUUUUCUCUCAAUAAAAGAUGAUACAUGUAAAUUGCAAUUUGCACUUAAUAUAAAAAGUUAGGGUGUGUUUCUUAAUACUUUUAUUCUUUUUUUUUUUCUAGAUUUUAAGGAUGCUUUUGUAAACAUAGUUAUUAUGUGACGCGUGUAUGGCUAUUUAAAUUUCGAAUACAUUCUUUUUAAUUCUGUGAAUCUUGCCUCCACAUAUAUUAUACUGUGACAAUAAACUAAGCAUUUUAGAACAGAUUAAUUUCUUAAAUGAAUGUUCGGUUCAGAUAUAUUUCUUAUCUGUAAAGCCAGUGUUGCCAUACACGCGUGACAUCACUUAUUUUGGUAAAUUUAAGACAAAAAUAACGUCAAAAUAUCGCUGAGAUCGCUUCUCCUAUUGAUUAUUGAAAAUAAAAUAUAGUUCCUAAUUAAUUAAUAUGUAAAAUUAUUUCUUUUAUAGCAUUGACACAGAAAUUGUACCGCACUUUGUUUAUUAACUUAGAAUAAAUAAUGUUUAUUGAAGAUUUUCUGUUUUAAUGCAGGUUUAUUGUUUUUUUUUUUUCUUAUAAAACACAGAUUAAAAAUAAUUAAACAUAAAUCGAUUGCUUAGUUAUCACAAUAUAUGUUACCAUGAAAUGGUACAUUGAUUCAUAAGCUUUCUUUAUUAAUUAAAAAAUUAACUAGCAAUCAAUGUUAAUAGCCCAGUGCCAAUAGAUGGCGCUUAUUAUAUUUUAAACGCAUUUCUGAAUCGUGCAGGCAACGUUUUCUUUGCAAUUACAUAUAUAUUUUUCAGAAUGUCUAAUUCGAAUUCUUUAAAGUAAUAAUUUUGAUUUAUAAUUUAAGUUAUAUGACAGCUAGAAAUGUAACCUUAAACCAUCCCUUUAUGGAGAGACCUUCGGUUGGAUAAAGUUCGCCUAAAGGGUUGGUAUUAUAAUAUUCUGUAGUAAUAUUUUAAUGUUUGAUUUCGAAAUAGUUUUUAUGAACGAUUUCUGUGUCGCUAAAUUUCCACAAUGUGGCCGUUUUAGACGAAUGUUUUCAUUUAGGCUUAUCAAAACUAGCAAUUUUUUUUUUUUAAUAAUUAUGAAUUAAAUCAGACUAAGAAACAUAAUGUAUGUCUAUUAAUUAAUUUUUUGAUGACAGUGUGAUUUAUAAAGGAAAUGAUGUUUUAACGGAAUAUAAUUGAUCUGUGGUCAUCAAUAAUGAUAUCGUCUAAAACGGACCUCGAACACCAGGACCGUCCCUUUUAUUAUAGUUUUAAGUUUAAGGGUCGUAUAAUGUACGAAGCGAUCAUGAGAUGAGGUAUAAAAAAUUUUUCGUCAAUUUUUUAAACGUAUGAAUUAUAUAAAAUUUUUGUAAAUAAAUUUACUAAUAAUUAGAAUCGAAUGUGCUUAAUUUUUUUUUAUAUAUAUACUUCAUGAACUGACUCUUUUUUUGUUUUCGAUAUUUCCCGCGAAAUUUCCUUUCAUAAAUUCAGACGUUUAAAAAUUUGACGAUUCGAAACGACGUUGUGUUUUUUUUUUGUUAAGUUUUUUUUUUAAGUUAAAUACAUCAGUUGUUGCAAUUUUUUCGUAAGAACGCCAAAGGAGAAGACAUUGUGCUAAAA